CCUCUCCCAAGGAAGCAAAUCCCCAGCUCGCUCGGUUGGGCCAUAACCUCAAAAAAGCUCGAGAGCGAGAGAGCUUGCGGUACACAAAAGAGAGAAGAGACGUACGGCCGAUCGAUACGAUCACCGCGCGCGCGUUUCCUCAGCGACGGCGCGCGCUGAGCUUGCAGCUGAGCGGGAGCGAAGAGAGGGGGUUGAAGUCCGCAAGCUAGCAGCAGCAGCCGCGCACUCGUGGAAACAGUCAACCCUCGACUGGCUCGCGCGACAGGACACUUCCGCGUUCCGCAAGCUCUCGCGCGUUGAGAGGGGUGUUAUUUUUCGUUGUUCGAGCUUCAGGCUGCACUGUACUGAGCUUUUUUUCAAAAGACGGUGAAACCAAUAACCAGUACAGGAGAGGCCGAGGAUUCUCACGUGGAGACUGUUCGAGAAGCGCAUCCGCACUGAACAAAUCUCCAAGCGCAGCCCCCAAGCAGCGAUCAUCCCAGGGACUCGAUCGCGGGUCGUAGCAUGCCGGUCAGUUUAAUCUUCAGGCCGACAUCGUCGUCGGCCCAGUCUGCCAGGUGACUGCUCGCUGCGCAAGGACGACGGCCGCCCCGGGCGAAGCGCCGCCGUCGGCAGCCGGUGAUGAGUCGACAAACCGGCUGCCGACGAAGACGCGGCCGGACGACACUGCUGACGACUUCGUCCUCGUCGACGAAGAUGUUCCGGUGAAAGUCAGCAGUCCGGCUGACGAUGACGACGGCGAGAUGGUGCUCAGGUGCUGGAGCGAGAUGCCCCAGCACCUGCAGUUCAACCCGCAUAUUCGCUCCGGAUACAGGCCACUCAUGACACCUGGCCAGUGCAUCAGGAGCAUCUUCCGCCUGCACAAUGAGACUGUAAAUAUUUUGACGCACGGAUUUGCCAUUGUUUAUAUACUAGUGACGGUUCCGUUCAUGCUGCCGUGGGGUGCGCGCGGCGCGCUAACCGGUUUUCUCUCCUGGUGCCAUCUGAUCGGCGCCGUCAGUCCCUGGAUCGGCUCCUUCCUCUACCACGUCUUCAUGAACCUCGACUACGGCGAGGCGGUCUACAGGUGCCUACUCAAGCUCGAUAUGCUCGGAAUUUGGAUUUGUCAAAGCAUCGGAGCAAUGCCGCUAAUCGCAGCAUCGGUACACUGUCUGCCAAGUAUCCUUUGGCACUUGUGCAUCGUCACUUAUUGUUUUCUCAGCGUUUGGGGCCUUUUCAAAGCGAUGCACGCAAAGUCACCGUGGGAAAGGCGACUUUGCUUUUCGCCGCCUUUUAUGAUGCGCAUGCUGGUACUCGUUCUUCGAUCCUUCGGAGUUGGCGGUGGCAAUCCUGAUGCAUUUACUCACGUAGUACUACAGGACCUGAUAGCGGUGAUCGGCGGCACGAUCGGCGCGAUGCGGAUCCCGGAGAAGUGGAUGCCGGGCCGAGUAGACAUGUAUCUCAACUCCCACAACAUAAUGCACGUGAUGGUGGUGAUGGCGGUCUGCUCGAUGCACGCGGCUACACUCCAGGAUCUUGCCUGGAUGAUCGAGCCCGAAGUUUGCCAGGCCGAUAUCGCCGCAGCCGACGCUCUGGGAAUCGAUUCGACGCUGAUGCAGCACGACGAGCUCUAACUGCGUAAAAUUCAUGUAAAGAUGUGGACUAAUUUUUUUGUGGCUGGAUCGAGCGACUCUCCAAAAGGAUGUGUAAAGUAUAUACCACUCCACUCGUGGAGGCGAUCGAUAGGAAGGUUUUUGUAAAGGUUUAAUUGUGCGAAAAUUUUUUGGUUUUCACGACACACGCGUACACAGUGCAAUAAGUGUAUGUUCAUUCCUGUAAGAUCGAGUAAUUGGAUUUUAUUGAAAUUCCUUUGUCGAGAAGAAAAAGUCAUGUGUAUGUACGACAACGUGUCUGCACGUUGAUCCAAAGAUCGUGACGAAAAGAUAUGUAUUUUAUUUGUCAUACAUGUAUGUUUUAAACUUACUUACCUUGAAUUUUUACGAAUAAUACGUAUAUUUACAGUGCUCGUUUUUUAAAAUCGAAGAAAUAAUGGUAAACAUGCGCCUCAUACACAAAGUGAUCGUACGUCCUAUACAUCUAUUUACGGAGAACUAUACGCGUAUUUAACAAUAAAAUGCCUUAACUUUCUUGUUCGUUGAUGCAGUUUAAAAUUUGACGUGUAAAAAGAGCGUUAUUGGGAGUUUAAACUUGGUUCGCUUGCUCAAUUCGUGCCAGAAAGUCUCCGAAAUACACAGGACUCUUAUAUGGAGCUUCGCCGUUACGAAGCUACACCAUUAUCAAAAAACAUGAUGGAAGGCCAGAACGUUAUAAAUUCUGGCAUGAUUAACAUGUGUGGUGCUCCGUAAAAGCUCCAGAAAAAAUUUAGCUGUAUUCAUUAGUUUGACAAACAAGUUCUUCGAAAUCUAAGCCUUAUCUGGUCACAGGGAUAUUGUUACUAAAAUGAAAACGAUAAAAAUGACGUAGAAGUAGUAGUUGAAAAAAGGACUGUUCCUGCUCUUGCUCAGAUACACAAAAUAAAUUUUUUUUAGUCAAUUUGUAGUAAAUAUCGUUCCUUUGCUGAGUACUGAGUAAAAACUCAAUGACAGAGUUUUUGCAUUUUGGAAUUACAGUCCUUGAGGAACGAAUUAGUGCAGCAGACUCUUUUUUUUAGUAAGUUUUCUGUAUUCAGUACAAAAAUACAUUUCGCCCUAGAUAAUAGUCAACUCUAGAAGUUGAUUUAAUGAGUUCACAUACAAUUUACAACAAUUGUUAUUUAAAAAUUGACUAAAAAUACUGAACUCCUAUAUACCACCAAUGUAAACAGAGACUUUGUCGACGCCAUGUUUUCUAAUUCCCGAAGCUGCCGCUAGUAUCGCAUUGCAACUUUAAACUCCCAAAAAAGAAAACUUCAAACGGAAAUUCGGCUAAAUUGCAAGCAAGUAUAAGGCAUUUUUUCAAGGUAGUCUUUUAUGAUAGAUCGACUUGAUUAUAUCUCUUGACCUUUAAAAAUCUGUGAUUCCCCGCUGCAUUAUCAUGCUGCGCCAUCUGCUGCUCGACAAAACAUCGUGUCUUCUUACCUCUUGAAAUUCACUAUAUAAUCUCAAUAAACAUACUAGGGGGUUAUUCUAUAGUGAUAAAAAAGUUAUGCAUUCACUGUUUAUCACAAAAUCUUACGGCGAUAAAAAAAAUUUAUCAACUCAGAAUAACCCUCCUGGCAGACUUUCAGAGACUCUCAAACGGGUAUUUUUCCCAAAUUGUCUAAACAGGUGCUCUGAAAAUUUUGUCAAUUGAACGCAUAUAUAUGAUGAAUCCAAUUAUAGCUAUAUAUAAUAUAUCAUUAUAUCAUGAGAGUGUUAUGCUAUGUAUAAGAACCUUGUGUGGUGAAGUGAUGGGAGUAAUGAUUAAGAAUAAUGUAAUAGUUAGCGAAGGCAGUACUAUCGAUCAUUUUUCGAUAUUGCAAUUAUCCAUUCCAAAAGUGAAGCAAAAUAAAGUUUUCCGUUUUUACAGUACUUCCGAUAGAGCAUUAGCCGCCUUCAAACUUGCAGAUAUAAUAAUACUGUUAUCAAUUCUGCUUUUGUUAAAGUUUCACCGAUGCAGUGCAUCAUCUUUCAUAAUAAUAUAAUAGUAUAAUUAAAUUAUAUUUUAAAAGCGAAAAACUUAAGUAACCGCGUGGUGCACGUUUUUGUUACGCGAAAUAAAAAAUGUAUAGAUCCAUUCCGUAAAUAAGAAAUUCCAAUGAACGUUUUUGCAUGGCUUGCGAGCUUUCUUAAAUCGCGAAGAAAAAGAUUCUUUUAUAACUUUACGCAAGUAGCUGUGUACAUGCCUUAGAUAGCCCUAUACGAUACAUGUAACGAAGUAAGACGUCCGUUGUGGUAUAGUUAAAGUGUCCUUAAGGAUCACUCAAGUACGAGAAAAACCUUCCUAGGAUGUAAGCAUUGAAAAUUCUAAUACUAUCUUACUAAGUACUGUGACAUAUAUAUUAUCGUCUGCGUUGAAAUUUCUCGCUGGUUAUACAUCGUGUUAAGUUUACAUUAUAAAGACACCCGGAUCUGGAUGAAAAGAUCUGCUUUAAUCUUACAAAACGAAAAUAUUGUUGACGAAAUCUUACUUAAUUCCAUUUAUAAAAUGAGAAACAUUGCAAUAAAAUAAGCAAAAACGUAACGUUUAAAGAAUACGUAAGUAUACGACCAAACUAUACUAAGAAACAUUUAAAGCAAUUUUUACAUUAAAACAAAGCGCGUGCAAUGCUUGUAAUUUUGUUCAUGGAAUUGAGGAAUUUCGAAAGAUCAUGUAUAUGAAAUAUUUGUAUUCGGCGAAAAGCAAAAAUAGUUUGGCUUCCACGAGUUUAGCGAUUCUCUUCAAGUAAAUGAUUAAAGACUAUAAGGUAUGCAUUAUAGUAUAUCUAGACAGUACUUUGCAUUAAAAAUAGAAUUUCUCGUUCAUCAUUUUUAAUAUACAGACCUUCUGUUCAUUUGAGUAAUACACAAUUGCCCUUUGUUUGGCUUCUCAAUCAUCAUAUAGAAAUAUUUAUUAAAAACUCUUCGAUAUAGCAAUAUUAAAAUAAAAGAAAAAAAAUCUUCUUCAGCAGUUUAUGGAACGGAUCGUAUCUCAAAUUUUACAAAUGAAAGCUUAUUGCUAAACAAAAAUUAAGUACUGUGGAAGUACGGAAUAGCAAAUUGAAAUGAACGCGCGAGGUCGUGAUGUACAAAGUACACGUAAACUAAUAAUCUAUGCGUCAUUAUAAAUUACGUUAGGUACGAUUUAAAAGAAAAAAAAUUCAAGCAUGAUUUCUCUCUACUAUCAGAGUACAAUUACAUUUUUUGUCUAAAAUGAAAUGCGAGCAGUCUGUAUUACUUGCAAAAAAUAACGCUAUGUCCUCGGAAUUCUGUUUAACUGAAAAAAAUGAUACCGUUUAAAAAACGGACCAAUAAUAAGCUGAUGAUUUCAUGAAGUUUUUCUGCUGUACCGUCAUGAAAGGCUGUGAUGCGUUUGUGAAGAACGCCAAUACGUUGUUAAAAUACGCUACGAUAAAGAGUAUUUUCCCGCUAAUCGUUGGCUGCUUUAUCUAUCGAUAACUAAUAA